AUCAAAAAGAUUUGAUUGACUCCUACUCCUGCGGCUCCAAACCUUUCACCCAAUUGCCACUUCGAAUCGCAGCUUUUCCUGUGACAGUCAAGAUGAGCGAUCCUCUCCCAUCAUCGUUCGAAGAACAUCCUCAAUUCCAGGAGGAAACUUCGCUCCAAAAGUUUCGCAGACGACUCAAGGAAGAGCCUCUGAUCCCACUAGGAUGUGCUGCCACUUCCUACGCCCUUUACCGGGCCUACCGGUCGAUGAAGGUCGGCGACUCCGUUGAAAUGAAUAAGAUGUUCCGUGCCCGUAUCUACGGCCAGUUUUUCACCCUUAUCGCCGUGGUUGCCGGAGGCAUGUAUUACAGAACCGAGCGCACACAACGGAGGGAAUUCGAGCAGAUGGUGGAGGCACGCAAGAGCCAGGAAAAGCGGGACGCUUGGCUGCGAGAGUUGGAGAUUCGGGAUACGGAAGACCGGGGUUGGCGGGAGCGUCAUGCGGCUAUUGAGGCCGCGGCCAACGAAGCUGCCCAACCCAAGAAACCGGUCCCAGAACAGGAUGCGGCUCGGUCUGCUAUUGAGCCCUCUGAGCAGAAGUCAAUUGGAGUAUUGAGUGCCGUGAAGGAUUUGCUGUCGAGACAGAAGUAAGGCUGGCAAAAGCUGGCAUGGUGAAGCUGUAUCUCUUACUUGAUUCUCAUAUUGAUCUGGGUAUCAUAUUGUACAUAUAUAUGCAUUCGAUUUUCGUCAAAAUGACACUCUGUAUCUUACCCUCUUGUUCUCG